GGCACGGGCGGAGAGCUGUGAUUGGUCCGAGUGUGUGUUAUUGUGCUGCUGUCAGUUCGGGACGGACAUCAAGAAGAGUUGCCAGAUCAGCAACCCAAGUAAGGAAGCAGAAGAGAAACGUGACUGGUUACGUAAUGCGUCAAGGGGGUAAUUUGCUCCACCGGUUGCUGCUGCUGCUGAGCAUCUGAAAAACGAUCCAUUUUUUGGCUUCCAGUUGCUUUAGGGGACAUUCUUUGAAGCUACGACGACGUUAUACAUUCACCACGGACACUUUACAGUUACGUUGUAAGACAUUGUCGAGCUGACAGCGAAAAUAGGUUGGAAGUUGGAGAGGGCCUGCAGGUAAUCCUUGACUAUGGCUGUAGCGCAUCACCCAGGCUACCCAUUCAAGGAGCUGCACUUCUGGGAUGAAACGGAGUGUGUCAACUACUAUGGGAUGUUGUCGCUCCAUGAAGUCUUUGAAAUAGUUGGUUCUCAGCUGACAGAGACUGACAUUGAGGUGCUGUCAUUCCUCCUAAAUGAAACUUGCACUGCACCACAUCCUCUCGACCCAAUAGGCUGGACUGUUGAGCCUCAUGAGGGUGAUCCAGACAUCUCUGGAGUAGCUCCAAGUCCAGAGCUGUUAAAGGUGUGGAGACGACAGCAUGCCCAUAGAUCCUCACAUCCAUUGAUCUCUGCUUACAAGCCUAAAAGUGGUGUGGAGCUGCUGCUAGAAUUGGAAAAGAGAGGAUACCUCAGUGAUGGCAACCUGGAACCACUCCUGCAACUACUCCGAGUCCUCACCCGACAUGACCUAGUGCACUUAGUGUCUCACAAGAAAAGGAGGACCGUAUCUCCAGAGAGAAUCCAGCAUAGGUAUGGAAUAGAGAAAAGAGAAGUGGCAUGCCCCUUUGGAAUGCAACAAAGCUGCAGACAGACUGAAAUACCUUUUUCAUCUUUCACCCAGCAAUGGAGAACUGGUAUUUACCCUCCUAUGCCUGGGCCAACCCCCAGGAAGAGAAGGAAGAAAAGGGGAAAUGGCUGGAGCCGUAGGUCCAAGAAAACAAGCAGGCAGGGCCAGACACUGCCACCACUGCCACCAUCACCACCACAAAAAGUGUCCUGUGAUAUCCGCCUGCGUGUACGGGCUGAAUACCUGGAGCAUGUCGCACUCCGUGACAGUGUCUCCUCAGACAAGCGGCAGCCCCUGGAGCGCCAGUUUGAGUUGUUCAGCCAAGCGAACUCAGUGCUGCGGGCCAGAGACCUGGGUUCUAUCGUCUGCGACAUCAAGUUCACAGAGCUGGACAACCUCGAGGCCUUCUGGGGCGACUACCUGAGCGGAGCCCCUGAGGCCCUAAAGGGGGUUUUCAUUACUGACUCCCUGAGGAUGGCAGCAGGAACAGAGGGUGUCCGCCUGCUGAUCAGUGUGGACCAGGAUGACUAUGAGGAAGGCCAAAGGCUCCUGAGAGCUAGGAAAACGCUGUAAUCCAGUAAUGGUGCGCACAUGCAAGCUCACUGAUCUGUAUAGAACUCCUUACCUCUGAUGGGUGAAUAGUAGGUUAUACAGGCUGGUUUACAGGGCCUAUUUGGAAUCAUCUUUCAGGCCUCCUCUCAAUCUGUAUAAUAACCACUAGGUGGCAGCACUUACCAUUAGUUUGUGUCAUACAUGCCUUACAAUUUGAGGAUUGUUUCUAGUGAAAACAUUACCAUUGUUUGUUAAUGAUUAAUAAUGGAUAACUGAUUUCUUUUUAUGUUGAUGCACAGGUGUUACUUUGUAGGGGAGUCCGGAAAAACAGGAUUCAUCAGGAGUUUUCAUCUUAGUCUCAGAACGGGAGCAAGCAAACAACAUACUCAAGGGGUAAGCCCCUUAACCCAUUACCAGUCUUUAUUAAGAUAAGACUACUGUUGUGCCACGGUCACACCAAACUGCAAUGAACAACCAAGCAUUGCUGAGAUAUUUAAAUGCUAAGUUCACAGUUCAUGGGCCAUAUUGAGAUCAUUAUCUUUAAUGGCCAUUUGUCUGAAUUUCUACGUAGGCAGUAGGCAUUCAGGUGAUAAUGUAGCUACUGAAAUUUUCAAAUCCAAUGGAACUACCAUAUGAAAGAUGUUUGCUUGGCUUUCAUUGCAGUGCUGGACUUGAAGAUUAAUAUUAAGUGCCACCUAUGUGUCCAUGUUAAAACUACAUAAAUGAGUGAGAGGCAUCCAAAGAAAAGUUUCUAUCUUUUCAAAAUUUCAUUUGAGCAGACGACAAAGUGGACCACUCUCAGUACAGAUUGACCUUUGUGUCUAACUUUGCAGUUCCCACAUACACACCUUGAUAACAAACAGUGGGAUUCUCAGCCCUGUGUACCAUGAUAACCCAACUUGUGAUUGCUGUGGUCAGUGGAUACAGCAGUGGCCAGUAGAUGACAGUAGUGAUUAGGGCUAGGCCUCAGCAGACCAUGGAAGAUUCAUCAUCACAAGCUUGUCAACAGCUCCCCGGAUAAUGCAAUGGUGGCUUGUGUCCGGGCUUCCAGCUAGGCCUCAGCAAGUGCUUCUCUCAGCAAGUAAAGCACAGGACAGUGCGUCGGUCAAUAGAAGUGAUGUUGGGGAGAUCAAAAUCAAAAGUGCACAUCCCAGCUCCACUCAGCCCUGCUAUGUAGGCCCAGUAGAGUGGCUCACAGACAGCUGUCUACUCACCCUGCUGGAACUAAUGCCUGGACUUCACUCAUAGAAGACGAUCAAUAAGGCCCCUCACUCUAAGUCCCUUCAUACAGGCACGACUUAAGCAAGCAGACUUGCUACUGUCUGAAGUGCGGAGCUCUGCUGGGCCGGACUGAAGCAACUAUACAUGGAGGCACAAUGAACAUAUUUCGUUUCAUUUGGUGUUUUGGUAUCUGAAGUUAUUCAUGUAUUUUGUAUUGUUCUAAAAUGUAAAAGAAAACUAAUUCAGGGCACAUUUUUGUUAAGGAAAAUGUUUUUUCUUUUCUUGCAGUUCUUUGUCAUAAUCUUUAUAAAUGAAAAAAAAAAAAAAUAUUGCUGAUGAAAAUAAAGGGUUGGUAACUUACA